CUUUAAUUGCACUGAUAGUUAAAAUUGAACUGAAUGAUAUAAAUUUCAUUGGUGUUUAUCAUCUAAGGUCAGAGACAUUAAUAAUAAAUAGGCGAAAAAAUAUUCAUCUGUGAAAAAUUUAUACUUCAGAAAAAAUCAUAAUAUGACCGCUGUUACCCAAUCUCAAGUAGAUCAUUUGAUUACUGAAUUAGUACCGCAUGUGGACACAGAAGCACAUCAGGAAGAACUAGGCUUAAAAGUGUAUGAAUGCUUUCUGAAGGCUAAACCAGAAUAUAUUUGUAAAUUUUCAAGACUUCAAGGACUUGAUGUUAGUAAUUUUGCACAAUCAGAAGGGCUCAAGUACUAUGCAAGAACUUUUGUUGGGGCUCUUGUGCCGAUAAUUAAAGCUGCAGCAAAUAAGUGUGAAUUAGAUAAACUUUGCAUGGAUGAAGCUUAUAUGCACAGAAAUCGUCAAGUUAACGAACAAAUAUUUCUAGAUUCACUGCCAAUAUUCAUUGAAUUUUUUAACAAUUACAUCAAUGAUGAACAAAAUAAAGAAACAAUGAGUAAAAUAUUGACUUAUGUCUUCAAAACAAUCGGUUCUCAAAUUUAA